UAUCUUGUUUUAUUGCGCAUUUUUGAGUGGCAUGGAGGAGGCAGUGGCCACAAAGGAUGCAUUUGAAUGGUUCACAAGCUUUCCUAAGAUUGUCGAAGCUUGUGCAAUAAUUGUUCGUAUCACUAAUGACAUAGCUUCAAAGGAGCGAGAACAAAAGAGGGCACAUGUUGCCUCAACGGUAGAUUGCUAUAUGAAGGAAUAUGGAACAUCAAAAGAUGUUGCAUGCGAGAAGCUCCUAGGCUUUGUUGAAGAUGCAUGGAAGACUAUCAACGAGGAGCUCCUUAAUGCAACUGGAUUGUCGAGGGAAGUAAUUGAACUAUCACUCCACUCUUCGCGAUCUACCGAAUUGAUAUACAAGCAUGUCGACGCAUUCACAGAGCCUAAUACCACGAUGAAGGAAAAUAUAUUCUCUCUACUUGUUCAUCCUAUCCCCCUAUUUGAUGUGUAA